AUGGCCGACGAAGAUACAAUUGUGGUGGACGACACGUCUCCGACGAUCUUGUAUUUUCCUUUCGCAGACACUUCUGGGACUCCCGACUUCACAGCCGGCUGGAAUCCUCUUUUUAAUAGUACAAGCCUUGGUGGCGCACCUCUUAACGUUGAGAACAGCACCACCGUUCAUGUCACCUCUCGAAAUGAUGCUUCCUUCCUCAUCAAUUUUCAGGGUACUGGGAUACAGCUUAUGGGAUCAGCGACCCAGGCUCAAUACCAGGUCUCUGUCGACAAUAAUGUCUUGCAAACUUACUCACCGGAUCCGAUAAAUCAUAUUCUCGCCAACAUUAGUGGUCUUUCGAACACCAAUCAUACCUUUAUAUUGACUACCAAAACUAUUUCCAAUGCACCACGGAACCAAACACAGUCCUUCAUCGUUUUCGACAAAGCUAUCAUCACCUCUCCUGUACCUAGUUCCAAUUUCAGUUUACAAUCUUUGGCCGAUAAUACCAUCAGCUUUUUCGGUAAUUGGAACCAUUCCAAUCCUGCGUCGCUUCAUCAAUCCAAUACAGUUAAGGAUAGGGCGUGUGCUUCCUUCAAAGGCACUUCGCUUCAGAUUUUGGGAACAGUCUUGCCAACCGGCGCAAAUUACUCGGUGAGACUGGACAACAUCACAACUCAGUCCUCCGCGCGCACGUCGUUCACUCAGGACAACGCCCUCUUGUUCUUCUCGGGCAGCCUCGAUCCUAAUACAACCCACACGUAUGAAAUAACAAACGAAAGCGGGGGGGCAUUGAUUUUAGCGAUGGGAGGUGCUAAAGUCUUCGCUUCCGGAGAUCCGAAUGCAAAUGCUAGCUGCACGCCUUCAUCGCCUGUGUUUCCCGUGGGGGCAGCCUUCAAGAGCGCGUUGUCGCCUGGAACCAUAGCAGCAUUAACGCUUGCAGGCAUUCUUGGGUUCCUUGUUAUCACGGGAAUGCUCUUCUUCUUUUUUGUUUAUCGUCCUCGCAAAAAGCGGCGGGAGUUCUUGAAACGGACGACCCGGCCUAUGCCAGGACCCAGUGAUUUGAUCUUGGACAUCGCGCCUCGGUUCAACGGGCAGCAGAAUGAUGACUAUGUGAGAUGGAAAAGAGAUGUCGAAGGUGCAAGUGCAAGUAAAGAUUUGGGUAUAAUAUUUCGACGCACGCCCUCUCCAAAAGAUAAAAGUAAAUCAUCAAACUUCGAUCUGGAUGGCGCGGCCGAAAACGAGGAACUCAGCGCAAGAUCGUUCAGUUUCUCCCGGUCCUCCAAGAAUGGUGGGUCGAAGGGCAGUAGAGCCGGUAGCUUGAAAAGCUGGCUGUCUAGCAAGAAGAAAGGGUCCUCCUCCUCUACUCCCAGCUACACCAUUGACCUUCCUCCCCUCCGAACUCAGAAUCCACCACCUCACACUCCUUCGGAAUCUCGUCCUGAUCUCUCUAAAACAUCAGAAUCACAUCUCCAACCACGCUCAUCAUUUUCUGGAAUCACCUCACUGUCUUAUUUAUCGUCGUCCUCGACUGCAUCCCAUCAAUUCUCCUUUAACCGUCCUGGCGAAUCGUCACCAAAUCUCCAUGGUCGAACCGAUAACCACGGCCUACUGUUAAUAGAUGAUAAUGUGGAACACCUAGACCCCUCUGUUGAUAACGUAUCUGUGUAUCCGGCGACGGCUCCACACAGCAACAAGCCCCCCAAGUAUUUGUCGAGGACGUCGCGAGCUCAUACGAAGAGUCGGUUCAAAGUCGUCCGUCUAGGAAUCAACGGUUGUCGAGGAAUACUAGCACCCGAACCGACGAUCGAGGAAGUGUGCGGACUUACGAUGAUGGGUUAA